AGAUCACAACAUCAGCUCUCACAGCAUCCGCAUCUCGCGGCCAUCGGGACCAGGAGCACAUCUUGAUCUGAGCAUCCAUUCCACAGCUGCCCAACACCGUCUGCACACCGCGCACUCUUGCCCAGUUUAUCAUCUUUCCGCCUUUUUUUCACUUUUCUCUCCCGUCUCUUUGGAGGAUCCAGGAUUAUUUUCUUUGUUGCAAUUACUUUGAUCGAGAUGGUUUAAUAUUUUUAGACGCAUCAUUCUAAGGAAGACCAUCGCCUUUUGAAUCAUUUAGCUGGAGAUCUGGAGGUGCAGGUCGUCCAGGUGAUAAAAAUCAUCUCAAAGAGCUCAGAUCUCUGACGCUGAAGCUCCUGGACGCCUCCCAGCUGCCACCAUGGGAACCGUUCUGUCUCUGUCCCCCAGCUACCGGAAGGCGGCUCUCUUCGAAGACGGCUCUGCUACUGUGGGUCACUACACCGCCGUGCAGAACAGCAAGAACGCCAAAGACAAGAACCUGAAGCGCCACUCGCUUAUAAAUGUGUUGCCAUGGAAGCGGAUUGUGGCGGUGUCAGCCAAGAAGAAGAGCUCCAAGAAAGUGCAACCCAAUGGCACUUACCAGAACAACGUGUCCCACCUGAACAAUGAGAACCUGAAGAAGUCGCAGUCCUGCGCUAAUCUGUCCAGCUUCACCCAAGAUCAGAGCAGCCCAGCUCUCAGCAAGGGCUCCAACAACACAUCCUCAGUCAAGAAGGCCCCCCUAACUAACUCCAAUGUGGCCCCAGGGACCCCUAAGAGGGUUAUUGUCCAGGCCUCCACCAGCGAACUGUUGCGCUGCCUCGGGGAGUUCCUGUGCAGGCGCUGCUACCGGCUGAAGCAUCUCUCUCCCACCGACCCGGUGCUUUGGCUGCGCAGUGUCGAUCGCUCCCUGUUGCUGCAAGGCUGGCAGGACCAGGGCUUCAUCACACCUGCCAACGUGGUCUUUGUCUACAUGCUGUGCCGUGAUGUGGUCUCCUCUGAGGUCGCCACAGAGCAUGAGCUGCAGGCUGUGCUCCUCACCUGCCUCUACCUGUCCUACUCCUACAUGGGGAACGAGAUCUCCUACCCGCUCAAGCCUUUUCUUGUGGAGAGCUCCAAGGAGACUUUCUGGGACCGCUGCCUCUCCGUCAUCAACCUGAUGAGCGCCAAGAUGCUCCAGAUCAACUCUGACCCCCACUAUUUCACUCAGGUGUUUGCCGACCUGAAGAACGAGAGCCAGAAGGAGGAGGAGAGGAGCCUGGACCGGUGA